GCAGGAUGUUUUGUUAGUGAUAAGUGUCCUUGCUGUAAUAGUCAACUGUUCUCUCAUCGGUACCGCUGGUCUCUUGGAGCGCAUGUUACCUGGCUUCACCUCAACGGCUUAUUGCAUAAUCAUUGUUUUAGUUGAGGUACGUAAAACAAAGACAAGAAAUAUCAGCUUUUAAAAAAAAAUUUUUUACUGUUAGCAAAAUGUCAAGAUCUUUGUCUUUGUCUUUUUUAAGUAGGCAUUAUCACCUGACAAUUUCUCCAUGCAUUCCACUAAAAUUCUCAGAGGAUCCAUCUUGUCUUCUCCUCAGCAUUUUAUCCUGACAACAAAGUUUGCCCUGUACAGAUCCAUAUCAGAUCUCCCACCUGGGAUGGCUCAAGAAAUGGCAAGAUUGGAAUACCAGCGAACAGAAGCACUGAAGGUGAUGUCAAACACGACAAUGAAAACAUCUGAAUUUAUUGAUAGGGCUCUAGCGGGCAGUUGUCAUUUAUUAUUUAUCAUUUUGUCUGAGGGAAAUUUCAUCUCUGGAUAAGAAAAAGCAUCAAUGGUUUUUUUGUUUUUUUUUCAGCAAUUGGUUUCCCAAAUUGGCCAGAACCAUGGUGUUGGCAGUCUUAUUUCACACUACCCAGGGAGUCCGGGCAUGCGCAGGAGAAGGGUGGCUGAGGAUGUCAGAGAAGCAUCCCCUCCCCCAGGCUCGGGUGUUAAGGCAGGUGUGCCAGCCCCUACCGUGAUCACUGCUACCAGCUGCUUGGCCAUGAGACCAACAGACUUCUAUUCUUUACCAGACACUGCGAAAACUUUGUGUACAGAGUCCUUGAAGCCUGAGGUCCCGCCACGUUCUUCCGUCUCCAGCCAACCGUCGUCGCUCCAUUCAAAUGUAGCGGACAAAAUAGUUGCGGCUGCCUUCCACCCGAUGUUUGACAAGUCACCAUCUCUAGUCAACUCAUCUGCUCCAUCAUCAUCACCUGUAGCAGGCAGACCAGUUCUCCACCCCGUCAUGGCAGAGUCUAAAGGGACUUCAGAGGUGAUGAAGAGAGUCUAUCGUAGAAGGGCGGCGCUAGAGGAUCUGCAAAGGAGAAGAUCGGAGCCUGUGGCGUCAGCUGUGACGCAAGCUCUAUCUAUACAAACAGAUGGAAUAAAAGAGAAAGUUUUAUCUGAACAACAAGGAGAUUUAAAGGAAGCGAGUGAAGGGAAUAAAGAUCAAAUUAAAAAGGAUCAAGAAGCGCCUAAUGAACUAAAUAAUUCAGAAGAUAAAAAAACAAUAAAAAAUCAGUCACCCACUUUCACUCUGUCUCAGGUCCCAGGGGGUUUAGAUGUGCCACUUCCACCAAAAGCCACUUCUCUAUCCACGUCCUCGUUAAAGUAUUCAGUUUCACCUCGGCUUCCAAGAGGUGGACUUUUUGGGGAUCCAUCUUUUCUAGCUACUAAAAUCCUGUCCAGGAAGUCUCGAUCUUUUUCCAGUGCCGAUGUUAGCGAAACAAAACCAGCUUUUCGUGAACGGUUCUCCUGGAAGGGGGAACUACCAGGCCUGGGUAAGAGCCUUCUGGCAGCCAAUCAGAAACAGACCGACUCUGUGGGUAAGGCAUUACCAGCUGAUGCAAGGUCCAGCAAAUCAGAAACAACAGGUGGGGAACUUGAGGCCAAUGAUGGCAGGAAAAGUUCCAGUCUUUCACAGGGCGUCCUAAGUUCAGGAAGUGCUGGGGCUAGUAAGACUGCAAUGAAACCUCCAAGUGGACAUAAAUUGAAAGACAAAGACAUAAUUAAAUCAGAUAGUGAAACCAAGCUAAGUAUGUUGAAGGCGAUCAGAGAAAGUGUCAGCAAACCUCUGAGUCUUACCUCUCGUAACUUGGACCCUAAAGGAAAGAAAUUGUGAACGCAGCAAACCUCUGAGUUUUACCUCUCGUUACUUGGACCCUGAAGGAAACAAACGCAUUGCAUUCUCCACUGACCUAGAUAAAAUUUGAAUCUUGCUACACUACUGAUGUCAAGCAUUGCUUCCAAAUUAUGAAAACAAUUUAAGAAUGAGAUAUAUUUUCACCUGUCCUUGUAUCAAUCAGCUUUAUAACCAAUGUUUGUACUAGUUUAAUAAAACAAUGCAAUAAGAAAAAGUAAUAGAAAAAAAUAGUAGCCCAAUUAAAUGAUCUUUUCUCAAGGAAGGUAACUAGAAAUGAACGGAAGCAGAAUGUAUAAAUCACACUGUCUCUGUCUUAAAACUACACAAUUUAUUACUUAAAUGAUUUAACAUAAUUUGUGUUUUGAUCUAAACAAGCAGAGAAAACAUAAUUAAUCUCACCAUUGAGACAUAAACAUCUCAUCAGAGACAUACAGCAUCUCACCAUUGAGACAUACAACAUCUCAUCAGAGACAUAUAAUAUAAACAAACCUAUUGUCUAUUGAUCCCAUAGUAUUGAUCCCUCUCAAUGGAUAACAAUGGGGUUCUUUUGUCAUUUUCAAAACAUUUUUUAAAUCUCUGAAUAUUGUAAUAUCCAAAUUUUAAUGCAUAAUUUAAGAUUGUGAAUUUCUCUAUUUUCAUUUGUGGGUGUUGUGUGAAGGGCAGGGUAUCUUUCUUACAUUUUUAUAUACACAUAAAAUGCCAUUAUAUACAUAUAAGAUAUGUAAAUGCUGACCAUCAAAUGGCCCAAAAUCAUUACCAACAAAGACUUCCUGGAAAGGACCUUCCAGGAGCCUACUGCUGAAGACAUCAUAAGGAAAAGAUGGAGGUGGAUAGGCAAAAAUACUUUGAGACGCAGUUAGAGGCGGACAAAAAGUAUGGGAUACACCUGGAAACAAAUGGAAAAGAAAGCACAGAACCAACAUAAAUGGAAAAUUCUUGUGGACGGUCUAAGCCCUAGGUGGGGUAAAUGGCAUAAGUAAGCUAGGUGGGGUAAAUGGCAUAAGUAAGCCUGGAGGGGUAAAUGGCAUAAUUAAGCUAGGUGGGGUAAAUGGCAUAAGUAAACCAGGUGGGGGUAAAUGGCAUAAGUAAGCUAGGUGGGGUAAAUGGCAUAAGUAAGCCAGGAGGGGUAAAUGGCAUAAUUAAGCUAGGUGGGGUAAAUGGCAUAAGUAAGCUAGGUGGGGUAAAUGGCAUAAGUAAGCCAGGAGGGGUAAAUGGCAUAAGUAAGCUAGAUGGGGUAAAUGGCGUACGUAAGCUAAUUUACUAAAUUCAUUCUUGCAUUAAAUAAGCAGCUGUAAAUAAAAUGAAUUCUAUUUUGUGUGGAGGGAUUUCUGUCAAACUAUAAUUUCUGCCCCAAAUCAUGCCUACUAACCCCCCACCCCUUGUAACCUUUAAAAAAAAUUUUAACAAAAAAUGUAGAUUGUUAAACUCUCUUUUGGAAAAUGUUUUCAUUUAUGGUUAUCUCCCUUUAGCUACCUGUACUUAUAAAAUAAAUCCAUACUAAUCAACUUGUUGAUGCUCUUACAAUGUAAUUACAACAUUUCUUGCCAGUCAGUAGCAUUAUCCAUUGUGCAAAGAUGAGAUUGUUUUGAAGCUCAUUUACUGUUUACAUAGGUUUGAACCUUUUUAUUGAAAUUCCUGAAUUUAAAGAUAAUCAGUCAAUGUUGUGAAACUAAUAUCAUUUUAUAAACGUUUACUAAAACAACCUUUUAACUGGUUUAGUCUUAUAAACAUAAUAAUAAGACAACCUUGCAACAAAAGGUCUUUAAGUUUAAACAUCAUUGUUAACUCCACAAUUAUAUUUUGCCAUUUGUUUUUGCAAUGAAUAUUUGUGAUGUUUUAAAUUUCUUUGUGGAAGGAUGAAAUUUUUCUUUUGCUAAAUAAAUUCCAGAGCGUUAGUUUUAAAAAUGUAACUGUAAUCUUUGACUAUUUGUACUUCAACCUUUCCCGUUCAAUCAAAAUAAAUUGUAGAGACCGUGACACUUUUGUUUCCUACUCAUUUCCCUUUUUUAACUCUUACAAAAUAAAUAAUCAAUUAUAAUUUGCAUAAACAAUCUUGUCCUACUUUAAAUGUUGAGAUUUUUUUUCUCUACAUGGAUGCAUAUCAGUACAGGGAAAUCUAUUAAUACUUUUCUAUUUAUAGCCCAAUGAGUUUUCUAUGUGUAGCUCUAUGGGUUUUUACUCAUCCUUUCCUUACGCUUGAAGCUUUUUGCUGCGCCAAAUUAUUUAUAUUUUACUCAUAAAAUAUUUUUUCAAUCUUUCUAUAUUAAGUUUUAAUAUUCAGUUUUUCAUCAACGAAUGUUUAGUCUCUAUUAUUUUCAUCCUAUAAAACAAUAUAUGAUUGAGAUAAAAUUUGUGUCAAUAAAACAAUAUAUGCUUUAAUGAUGAUUAGGCAACGCUUAGGCACAUGCCCUCAUCGGUACAACAAAAAACAUUAAUAUAAUUAUUAUAAAUUAAAUUUAAAUAAUAUAUGUUUAUCCUACUUGUACCUUAAUAUGAAAUAAUAGAAUAAGAAUGGUCUCAAGAAUAUUUGCUCUAUUUAAAAUCGUGUGUGCUAUUUAGCAGCAUCUCCGCUUCACUGUCUUUUAAAAUUAUUAUUCGGUAGUUAUGAUGUGCUUUGAAUGUAAACUCAUAUACCCACAGACCCAUCUCAUUAUGUAAUUUUUUUUGUUGAUCUACCUCUUUUUGGUUUUUUAAUUUUUAAAAUCCACUUAUUUGAAAUUAGUUAUUUGUAUUUUUAUCGUCAUGGUUACAUCUGUAGAGUGAUUUUUAAAAAUCUGGUAUGCAGGGCAUUCUGACCAUUUAGUGAUAAAAAAAAAACUAUAAUAAAAUUUAUACUGUUUGGCAAUAUUUUCUUCAUGAUACUCUCUUCAAAGUCAGAUUCUUCGCACCCAUUUUAAGCUUAGAGAAUUUUUGGUCAGAAUUUCUCACCUGAUCACAGCAGUCGCUAGGCAAAAGUACUUAGAACAUUCAAUUUUCUAUGUUACUGGACAUACUUAUUUAUGUGCUUGUGUGGAGUUAUGGCAUAACUUUUGUUUACCAGUUUGUCUACUAGAUGUUUUUCUCAACAAGUAGGUGACUAUGUCACUGUGUUUAAAUGUUUUCAUAGAAAUAAUGGUUAAACACUGAACUGAAAGAUGUUUUUCUCAACAACCAGGUGACUAUAGCACUGUGUUUAAAUGAUUGCAUAGCAAUAAUGGUUAAGCACUGAACUUAAUUGUUUGUAUUUUUGUACUGAAUUGUAAAGUUAGGUUCUUGAGUGUAUGCAAAUUAGUUAUAUUUUAUGAGAUACUUUAUUUACUUGCUAUUAUAUGGGGGGUGAAAGACUUUGGAAUUGCAUUUAUUGGUUAAAUGUUUCUUUGGAUUGUUUAUAUGGAACUUUUUGAUUGAUGAUAAGAAUUGUUAAAAAAUUUAUUAUUCUAUAAAUUAUAUUUUAUUUGUUCAUUCAACUUUUAGGAUUUCAUCAACAGUUUCAUAAUGUUAUAUUCGUUGAUGUAAAGACAUUUGUGUUCCUAGUAUUAAUGGAUGCCUCUGAGUUGCAGUUAUUUGAGUGCAAUACUUUGUUCCAAUCCAAUUUUUACAAGUCCUUUGACCCAUAUAACACUGUGUAGAUACAAUAAUUCACCCCUUCCCACCACCCCCCAUGCCCUAUUUCUCCAAGACAAUAUAUUUCUAUAUGUUGGGGAUUGCAAUAAUUUUGCUUUAGGCAUAUUUUAAAUUUUCCUAAAUAAUUUUGUGUUUCAAUUUUAAUUCCUUGAUUAAAUUUAGCUUUCCAUCACUUUU